AUGACCGAUGCAACCUGGCGCACGCGCGGCGAAGCCAAACGCCAGUCAAUUCUGGAUGCUAUCCCUCAGAAAUGGCGAUUGAACGAUGAUGUCCCAUCUGCUGCCGAGCAACGUGAUGUCACCGGAGAUUACAUUCGACAAUUUCUCACCGACCGUGAGAUCGAGAUCACAGAGAAAGAUGCCGUAGAUAUCGUGGCGCAGACAUCCACCGGCCACUGGUCAGCUCUCGAAGUCACCGAGGCCUUCUGUCACCGGGCCGCACUGGCUCACCAACUGGUCAACUGUCUCCACGAAGUAUUCUUCGAAGCAGCAAUCGAAGAUGCCAAACAGCAAGACAAAUACUUCGCCGAACACAAAGUCCCAAUUGGACCCUUGCACGGACUACCCGUGAGCCUGAAAGACCAAUUCCACAUCAAAGGAGUAGAAACCACCAUGGGCUACGUCGGCUGGGUCAACACCUUCCAAGGCCAACAAAAUGACCCUCGCACCGGCAAAGAGGAGAGCGAACUGGUUCGCGAGCUUCGCAACCUCGGCGCCAUUCUCUACUGCAAGACCAGCGUGCCAGCCACGCUCAUGACCGGCGAAACCAUCAACAAUAUCAUCGGCUACACCUGGAACCCCAAGAACCGCCUGCUCUCCAGCGGUGGCAGCUCCGGUGGCGAGGGUGCUCUCAUUGCGCUUCGCGGCUCGCCUGCUGGUUUUGGUACUGAUAUCGGAGGCAGUGUGCGCAUUCCUGCUGGGUUUAAUUCGCUCUAUGGUCUUCGGCCGUCCAGUGGUAGGAUACCUUACCAGGGUGCUGCGAACUCGCUGGAUGGACAGGGCGUUAUUUUAUCCGUUAUUGGACCUAUUGCGACAAGUGCAAGGGCUUUGACGCUCUUGUUCAAAGCUGUUCUCGGGCAGGAGCCGUGGCUUUAUGAUCCGCUUGCGCUGGAGUUGCCGUGGCGCGAUGAGGUCGUUCAGGAGACAAGGACAUUGAUUGAGAAGGCUCAGGGUGGAUCUUCCACGCUUGCAUUUGGCAUUAUGAAGUACGAUGGGGUGGCCACUGUUCAUCCGCCUAUCGCACGGGGAUUGAGGAUUGUCGAACAGACGCUGCAGCGGUUGGGUCAUCGAGUCGUCGAGUGGAAGCCUCCUUCUCAUGCGACUGCCGUUGAGAUAUUCGAUAAAACAUUCGACAUGGACGGUGGUGCAGACUUCAAGUAUCAUUUCGGUCUUUCUGGAGAACCCCGGGCUCCGCAGGUAAUCGGGACUCACAGUGGCGUCCAAAUGACAGCAUUUGAGAUUGCUGCGCUGAAUGUUGCGAAGCGCGAGUAUCAGAAAGCAUACAUGGAUUACUGGAAUAGCACAGCGCAGUUGACAGGAACAGGGCGCCCUGUUGAUGGACUUCUCUGUCCAUUGGCUCCUCACGCGGCAGUUCUGCCAAAUGAGUACAAAUCUGUGGGAUAUACUGCGUUUGUGAAUGUGCUGGACUACACUAGCAUCACGAUCCCGGUUACGUUUGCAGACAAGAGGAUCGAUGUGCUUUCGGCUAGUGGAUCGGUGGAGGGUUCUGAGAACAUCCACUGGGAUUAUGAUGCCGAAGCCUACGAUGGAGCCCCGGUCGGCGUGCAGUUGGUAGGCAGGAGAUUGCAGGAAGAGAAGAUAUUCACUCUAGGGGAAUAUCUGGGCGACGAGAUCGCUCAAGAUGCGAAAAGGGGCAUCUGA